AUGGCGUCGGAGGGACCGCGGGAGUCCGCGGGAGAGGGCAUCAAGUUGUCAGCAGAUGUCAAACCAUUUGUCCCUAAAUUUGCUGGGCUCAGUGUGGCAUGGUCAGAGUCUUCAGAAGCACGCGUUUUUCCCAGCUGUGCAGCCACGACAUACUAUCCAUGUGUCCAGGAACUAGCAGUGCCUGAACAGAAACUCUAUGCUGAAGAUAUGGCUUUUGGAGCUUCAACUUUUCCACCUCAGUAUUUAUCUCCUGAGAUCCCUCUUCAUCCAUAUGCCUAUUCUCCUUACACCCUGGAGUCGUCACAAAAUGUUUGCCCAGUGCCUGGCUCCCAGUAUGAUUACAACCAACUCAGUUGUUUCGGAGGUUUUCAAACCGUGAAGCCACGAAACGAGCACGUGUGCCCUCUCCCGCAAGACACAAAAGCUCUGUUUAAGGUCUGUAAAUGUUUUGGUUUUAAGAAAACCUCUGAUGAGCAGAAGUUUGGCACUAAGAAGACUGAUGGACCUAUAUCAUCUGAUUUAAAAUCAGUUAAAAGUUCACCUCGUAUGUCCAUUCAUGCUGAGAAUAGUUUGAAAUCAGAUGGUUAUUAUAAACGAACAGACAGGAAAUCCAGAAUCAUUGAAAAAAGUGGAUCUGCCUCCAAACCUGAGUUUGAAUUUACCAGGUUGGAUUUUCCUGAACUGCAGGGUCGAGAGAACAGUGAGAUACCAGAGAUACAAAAGCAGCUCAAGUGGGGGCCUUUACGCUCUGCCUCUACUGACGUUUCUCUUCUAAGAGAAGUGGGGAAACCUGCUGCAGUGUUAGCAGAGGGUGAAAUAGUGGUGAAGAAUAAUAAUCGGACCGAAUCUGUAACUGAUAAUACUGCUACCAGUCCCUCUUCAUGUACGAGAGAAUUAUCUUGGACACCAAUGGGUUAUGUUGUUCGGCAGACAUUAUCUACAGAACUGUCACCAGCCCCUAAAAAUGUUACUUCCAUGAUAAACCUAAAGAUGGUUGCUUCAUCAGCAGAUCCUAAAAAUGGUAGUAUGUCAUCUUCUGAAGUUUUAUCUUCGGAGCCUUCGUACAAAGAGAAACAUGUUGUCCAUCCUACUAAAAAGUCCAGAGCAUCACAAGGUGACGAUCCUGAGCAACAUGAAGCCUCAAGGAAGAAUAAGAAAAAGAAAGAAAAGUCUAAAUCAAAAUAUGAAGUCCUGACAGUUCAAGAGCCACCAAGGAUUGAAGAUGCCGAGGAGUUUCCCAAUCUGGCAGUUGCAUCUGAAAGAAGAGACAGAGUAGAGUCACCGAAAUUUCAGUCUAAACAGCAGCCACAGAAUAAUUUUAAAAGUAGUGGAAAGAAGAGCCAAAUUCCAGUACAGUUGGAUUUGGGAGGAAUGCUAACCGCAUUGGAAAAGAAGCAGCACUCCCAGAAUGCAAAGCAGUCCUCCAAACCAGUGGUGUUCUCAGUCGGGGCGGUGCCCGUCCUCUCCAAAGACUCCAUGUCAGGGAAGAAGGGCCACCGCUUUGUCCAGGUGAAGACCCCGCACAACCCCUUAGACUCCAGCGCCCCCCUGAUGAAGAAGGGGAAGCAGAGGGAGGUCCCCAAGGCCAAGAAGCCAACCUCGUUGAAGAAGAUUAUUUUGAAAGAGCGGCAGGAGAGAAAGCAGCAGCGUCUCCAAGAAAAUGCUGUGAGCCCAGCUUUUGCCAGUGACGAUGUGCAAGAUGGAGAGAGUGGUGGUGACGACCAGGCCCUCGGGCAGCCUGACCCCUCAGGUACUGAGUUCUGGGGAACGAAAGAGUUGGUAUCCUGUGCUUCUGUGGCAGAGAGCAAGUCAGAAGACCAGCUGGGAGCUGAGCCCCAGAAGGAGGUGGAGGCCUGCCCCAAGAUCCACAGCCGGCGGUUCAGGGACUACUGCAGCCAGAUGCUCAGUAAAGAAGUUGACGCUUGUGUUACGGACCUGCUGAAAGAGCUGGUUCGUUUCCAAGAUCGUAUGUAUCAGAAAGAUCCAGUCAAGGCUAAGACCAAACGCCGACUUGUGUUGGGGCUGAGGGAAGUUCUCAAACAUCUGAAGCUCAAAAAGUUGAAAUGCGUCAUCAUCUCCCCCAACUGUGAGAAGAUACAGUCGAAAGGUGGGCUGGACGACACCCUGCACACCAUCAUUGACUACGCCUGUGAACAGAACAUCCCCUUUGUGUUUGCUCUCAACCGCAAAGCUCUGGGGCGCAGUCUGAACAAGGCUGUUCCUGUCAGCGUGGUAGGGAUCUUUAGCUACGACGGGGCCCAGGACCAGUUCCACAAGAUGGUCGAGCUGACGAUGGCGGCCCGGCAGGCGUACAGGACCAUGCUGGAGAACGCGCAAUGGGAGCUGCCGGGAGAGCCUGGGCCCCUUGCACCUGCUAGCCCACCCACGCAGGGCCCCAGCUGCUCUGCAGAGGACAGACCCCUGGCCCCUGCCGGAAAAGAGGAGCCACACUACAUUGAAAUCUGGAGAAACCAUUUGGAAGCAUACACUCAAUGUGCCCUGGAACUGGAGGAAUCGCUGGAGGCUUCGACCUCUCAGAUGAUGAACUUGAAUUUAUAA